AUGGUCCUGCCGCAGAGGCAGGAGGGGCCGGACUGCAUGUGCGAGGGAGGGGAAGUGGGAGUGGUGUGUGUGCCCCUGUGGAUCCUCAUGUCCUUUCUGUGCCUCGUGGUCCUCUAUUACAUCGUGUGGUCGGUCUUGUUCCUGCGCUCCAUGGAUGUGAUUGCAGAACAGCGCAGGACGCACAUCACCAUGGCACUGAGCUGGAUGACCAUCGUCGUGCCUCUCCUUACUUUCGAGAUCUUGCUGGUUCAUAAACUGGACGGCCACAAUGCUUUCUCUUGCAUUCCAAUAUUUGUGCCCCUGUGGCUGUCGUUGAUCACACUGAUGGCAACCACAUUUGGACAGAAGGGCGGAAACCACUGUGACCCUGGGAGUUACACCCGGAAGCAAGAGCCAGGAGAUACAGAUGAGCAGAGUGGAUGGUUCCUGAGCUCUGGCGCUGAUCAGGGAGGUGAGGCCUUGGUGUGAGAGAGCUCAUCAGGACGGCAGAGGAGCCACAGCUGGUCAGCAGAGGGAGGCUUCCAGCAUCUGCCGGGAAUCAAGGACUGAUCGCCUGCCCACUGCCUUGCCUGCUGUGCCCAAGGAAAGCCAUGUCAUCUCCCGGUCAGAAGCGCCAGCACCACAAGGACAAAGGAGAACCUAAGGCCCAAAGGGAGGCACCAAGCCUCAAUGGU